UGGCUUCACACUGUGACAGUACCUUGGCAUUUGUAGGGGCUGAUAAUGCGCUGGGAAAGAUGCCAGACAUAUAUGGACAACAUUUCAAACAAACAUACGUGACCAUUGUAAAACCCAAGAAACACAGACUUUGCAAUGACAAGGUUUCCGAUAAAAGCUCACCGUGGGAAAUGGAUACCUCUCCUCUCCCAGUGAAGGAAAACUCUUAUGUUGCCGUGGCCACGGACAGAGUUUCCGAAUAUUCCGACACAGGCUCCACAAAGAAAAUGCCGAAAAAAAUGACUAGAAAGUGGGAAGUGUUCCCUGGGAAGAAUAAAUUCUGUUGCAAUGGGCGGAUCAUGAUGGCGCGGAAUACUGGAAUAUUCUACUUCACUUGUAUAUUAAUUGUAGUGACAAGUGGUUUAUUUUUUGGAUUCGACUGUCCAUACCUGGCAAAAAAUGUCACCCCAGCCAUUCCGGCCUUUGGAAUCGCCCUAUUUAUUUUUGUAAUGUCUACCCUGUUCAGGACGAGUUUUAGUGAUCCGGGAGUGAUCCCCCGGGCCUCGCCGGAUGAGGCGGCCGAUAUAGAGAGACAGAUAGAGGUCCCUAACUCUACCCCCGGGACAUACCGCCCACCCCCCAGAACCAAGGAGGUAGUUAUUAAGGGACAAGUCGUCAAAUUAAAGUACUGUUUUACAUGCAAAAUAUUCCGACCACCGCGAGCCUCACACUGUAGUCUAUGUGAUAAUUGUGUUGAGAGAUUUGACCACCACUGCCCCUGGGUGGGGAACUGUGUGGGAAGGAGGAAUUAUCGCUACUUUUAUUUAUUUAUUCUUUCCCUGUCCAUACUUUGUAUCUAUAUAUUCGCCUGUGUGCUUACUCACCUCAUUUUACGGUCACAGGAGGACAAUUUUUUACAUGCAAUGCGAGACUCCCCUGCUAGCAUCAUUGAGGCCAUUAUCUGCUUCUUUUCGGUCUGGUCAAUCAUUGGCCUAGCAGGGUUCCAUACCUAUCUAGCUACAUCUGAACAAACCACUAAUGAAGAUAUAAAAGGUUCCUACUCUGCGAAGAGAGGGCAGGAAAACUUCAACCCCUUCAGUCAGGGAUCUAUAUUUAGAAACUGCCUGGGAGUUCUAUGUGGUCCUACUCCCCCAAGUCUGUUGGACCGUCGAGGUUUUGUCAUCCCGGACAGUUCACAGUCACAAGGGGUAAAUGCAUCUACCGGCAAAGAGAGUAAUGCCGUCAAUGUUAAACAUGAAUAUUACGGAUCUACUAACAAUACUAAGACUAACAAUGUGGGAACAAACACUGGUCACCAUGUGACAGGAAGUAACGGUACGGGACCGGUGAUGAAACAGAUGAUCAGUUACCAGACAGCGGACGGGUCCAUCAACAGCCGACUCCCCCCCACCAACGGGAACAGUGCAGUCAUAGGAUAUAAAGAUUCCCAGCAGGCACCAAGUGUAACCUACACAGAUGUAUCAGAGGGGGGUCACUGGAGCAGCCGAGAUCCUUACAGCAACACGGGGAGUCAAACUCAACAGCAAUCAUUUCACACAUGAUUACACCUUGACAAUUUACACAAGAAAUCCACUGAACCUAACUGUGUAUAUUAUUUCUGGGAAAGCUUCCAGUUUGUUUAUGUUAUGUGAUAAUUUAGUUGGAUUUUAUUAUAUGAAUUUUGUUGUGUGUAGAGAGGGGAUGUAUUAUGCAUGUGACCAAAAAAGCAGAUUAUGAUUGUAAUUAAUUAAUGCAAAUUAUAUUUGUGUGUGCUGUUUUGAUUGGGUGUACUAUAAGUACAUUCUUGUAUAUCAUGUUUAUUGUAAUUUAUUGAUAAUGUUUUGUCACUAAAAGAUUAUGGAACAAAUUUUUGAAAGUUAUGUAAUAUUUAAGAUCAACUUCUUGGUUUACCUGAAAUGCAGAUUGUAUCAUUGUUAAAGUGGAAAAAUUAGGUAAAUAUCUGCAUAAUGCUUUUAAAAAGUCAUUUAAAGUGUUUUAUUUAUUCAUCAAAGACAUAAUCUUUGUUAAACAAAACCACACCUUUAUAGGAAAAAGAAGUUUCAAUAAAAAUCAAGUGUAGAAUUUACCAUAUUUUAAAAAUCAAGAUUGCAGUUACUAUAUUGUAUCUUUAUUAUUAAGUGUAAUAUGUAAGAAUACAUAUACUUACACUGUUUCACUCUAGCUUAUAAAGCUUUUGCAUGUAGUUGAACAAAUUUUUGAUCAGAAGGAAUUUCACAAAAUUUAAGCUUGUAUACAGUAUUCUAGAUGAAAGAUAUAAUUUGAAAUCAAAAUUUGACAGAUAAUUUAGUUAUGUAAAUCUUAAAUCUUAAGGGACAUUAUAGACUCAAGUUGUUGGAUAUUUGAUUUCUAAUGAAUGACACCACAAAGUUUUUCAUAUAGAUUCUGGCAGGGAAAAACAUUCCAGUAACUAACAUUCAGUGUUUUGAUCUAUCUCUUACCCUUACUCGGUAGUGUCAUAUUAAUGUCAUUAUACAUGUGAUGCCAUCAUUCACCUAAUGUCAAUCAUCCAAGAUUGUUUGUAAUGUAUUCUCUGAUUGGCUGUUUACAUUUGUAGAUGGGUAUGAUAUGGAAAAAUAAUCAAAUAGAGUUGCUUUGUUCUGUAUUGAUCUUGUCAACAAAAGUUUUAAUUCCUUGAAAUUAAAUUUUAGUCAGAAUUGCCACUGAACUCCAUGAGUUCAACAAAAUGUUUUCAUGAUAAUACUGCAAAUGUUGUUAAUUUAAAAAUUUGUUGGUAUUUAAAUAUUGACACUAAAAUUUGGUGUAUGUUCUCUUAAGUCGACAUCACUUUAAAUGUAUUAAUCAAACAAGAUGACAUUCGAGACUCAAUUUAUUCACAUGAAAUUGUGUAUUGUAGUUAGAUAGGCAGAGUCAGUAUUUUCUGUUAACAAACACAGCCGCUGCUCAUUUUACAUUAUAACAACAAUUUAAUAUUGAUCUGUAAGUAUUUCAACAGUUAAAGGUUCAAGAUGAAAACAAAUGUAAAUGUGCAUCAGAGGUGAUGAUAAUUUUACAUUUUAUUUUGUUUGCAGUAAUUGAUUGCCUUAGGGCAUUUCUUUUUUUUUUUUGUUACCAGUGCAUCUUAUUAGAUCAUUUCUUAGCUUAGCCAUACUUUUUCAGUAAGUUACUAUUUUUUAUGAAGCCAUUUUGUCAUUAGGUUUGAUCAAUUAGACAGAUUUUCAAAAUUAAUGACUUAAGUUGGCUAUUCUGCAUAUAUAUUUGUGCAUGUAUAUGAUUUACCAUGACAUGUGCAGUAAUUUAUACACAAAAUAAAUAGUCAGUCUGAACAUCAUGUUUAGGGAUUAAUCCAUGGCUUGUCUCCAAUCACAUUUGUUUAACACUUCUAUUACAUGUGCAAGAGUGUGUUGACAAAAAAUUCUGUUGAAAUCAAAUUGUUUGUAUGACUACAGUUUAUAAAUGAGAAGUAAAUGUGAUCAUCUUUAAGUUUUGUAUUCUACGAUAUGGAAUAAACUGAUUUUUAUUUAGAU